GAAUUGCUGGUUUGUUCAAAAGCCGGCCGAUCACAGUUGUGUCGCUGAUUCGAGUUCAGCACGGUUUCCUCCUGAAUAAAUCUUUUUCGCAUGCGGCUUCUUAUUCCCAGGAGAGAACCUAACUUCUGGGCAGAAAAAUGACUGGCAACUCACCACAAAUGCAAAUCUGUCCCUACUGCAAAAAGCAGUUUAAACGUCUCAAGUCUCACCUGCCUCACUGUAAGAUGGCAGGUAGCGAAGAUUCAAGAGAAGCUUUUCCUCUCUUCAGAAAAGCCUGUGAUUCUGUUACAUCUGAGCAGCUAAAUCCUGAGAAAAAGAAAGGGCAGAUCCAAAGCUUAGAAACUCCCCCCAAAGAAGAAAGCAAAAAAAGUAAAACUAACUUGGUUACAAAAAAAGGAAGGAGAAAAAAUAUUGGAGUAAUUGGAGCAAUUGUAAACAGUGGUCUGCCUGAAGAAAAGCAAAUUAAAAGUGCUAGUGAAAAGUCACCUCAAACAAGGGAGAAUAAAAAAACUUCAGAAGAGCUUUCAGCAGCAGUAGAUAAAAAGCUGUUUCUAAAGAUAAACCUGCCAGAGAAAUUAUCUACAGUCGAAAAAACCAGUAGAACCCCUUUACCUAAAGAAGAAAUUAUACCUACCGGUAGUCUUAAUUUAGAAUCACUGAUACAAAGUGGAAAAGCCACUUCAGAGCCACACCAGAAACCCUGUGUAAAACAGAAACAGAACAUAGAGUCAUCGGUAGAGCAGAGUGUGUCCCUUUCAACUAAUAAUUUCAUUGAGAGUCUUCAACCAGUUCCUCAAGAACUUGGUGACAGAAUAGAACAAAUCACUGCUUCUCAUCAUGUGACAGCAUUAGAAAACAGAUGUGAAUCCUCUGGUCAUAAUAGCCUGUUAAAUGAAAGUAUCUUUGAUAACAGUAAGGCAGGACAAAGGCCUCUGAAAUCAGUGUCAGGAGGAGCAAGCAUUGCCCUGAUCAACAGGCAGCAAAUUAUUACAGGCAAUGUGGACAAGAAGAGCACUUUAGAACUUGAAGGAAAUGUCAAAAAUGGAAACACAGAAAAUGACAUGUCCAAAAUUAAAGCAUGCACAUCACAGGACCAUGUUGUGGACAACUAUGGAAAGGUUACCAGAGGUCCAGUCCACUUGUUUAAAAGUAAGUUAGAUGCAAAUUCUUUAUUUCUCAAAGCAGAGGAUUAUCCUAAGGAACACCUCGUUGAUCCAGAUCUUAAGCCUAAUGUGUAUCCCACAUUCACAGAAGUUCUCAGAGCAAUGGGAGUUGAUAAAACUUCUACUAGCCACUUAAGUGCUGUGGAGAAAAAUACUGAUUUAUGCCCAAGAGCCACUGAGACAAAAGAAGGUAAAAAAUCAGUGAUGUGUUUAAGAAAACCCUCACCCCAAGAGUUAGAAAUGACUACUUCUCCAGAACAAAGCAUACAAGUAUCUUCAUUAGGACUGGAGUGGUUCACUGAACUGUAUCCCAAUUACCAGAAGCUGGGCUUAUUUUUAGAGAGACAGUCACAAUGGGAUACCAAAAUAUCAGAAGCUCACAUUCUGUUUUGUGACAAUCACAAAGCUGUUCUGUCUCCAGUUCCUCUGGCAGAAAAGAAUCUAAAGGAUAUCAAACAUCAGGGUCUGUCUCCACAGGGGAUACUUGGAGAAACAUUCAGAGCCUGGAAUAGAUACUUCAGUAGGAACAUCAAUGUGAAAAAGUAUGGAUUGCCUGGGAUUUCUUUGCUGCUGCUGGGCUUGUGUACCCUCGGCUAUGCCUGGAGACAUGAUCACAUUAGUAAGUGUCUCUUCCCUUGUGUUUACAAUUUUCUCCGAGAAAUGGAUUAUGCGGGUAUUGGUGGGCUUGGACUGGGAAUGGGUUAA